UUAUAAUAAAAGCAAAGGAUGGAAAAACAAAGAGUGCUAAGAAGGACCAAUCAAGGGAGUUUUACUUUUGUUUUUGUCGUCCAUUAAGUGACUCACUCCCUUAUUUCUUAUCUGCAACUCAUAUCUUGCGUCCAUGUCAACCACAAGACAUAGAAAAAGACUUUUAAAAAUCUUUUAGUCAUGGGCGAAAUUUCCUUCCAAAGUUCUAAUGAUGUAAAUAAUAAGGAAAAGAAAUGGUGUAGGAAACUUGGUGCUUGACUUAAUACAGUAUCAUGACAUGAACUAAUCAUCAGUCUUGUUCUGUUUCUGAUGAUUGUUCUCUACAUGUUCUGUCUUUAGUUUCCAACUCUAUCCGUUGCUUCGUUUUGUUUCUUUCAAGGACUAAUCAUGGAAGUCGUUUCUGCGGUUGGAGAAGCUUUUUUCUCUACCAUGUUUGAAGCGUUACUCGCCAAGUUAAACGCUUCGGACUUGAUAAACUUCACUACGAAGAAGAAAGUUUAUAAUGAACUCAAGAAGUGGGAGAAGAUAUUGCGGGGCAUCAACGCCGUUCUCGCCGAUGCCGAAGAGAAGCAAGCGAAGAAUAGGAGUGUUGAAGUCUGGUUGAAAGAGCUAAAAGAAACGGCUUAUGAUGUCGAGGACGUAUUAGAGGAGUUCUCCUAUGAACAUUCGCGACCGAAGUCCACCAUGAAAAACAAUUGUUUGAGAGGUUUGAAAUGGAGUGGUGGACGUGGUACGAUGUUUAACGUGAAGAUGGGGUCAAAGAUAACGGCGAUCACCAAAAAGCUGCAGGAGAUUACGAGUGAAAAGAACAACCUAGGACUCGGUGAGAAUGUCGGAGGAAAGAACUACAAAGCAAGAGAUUAUAAAAGGCUGCCCACAACAUCUGUAGUCGCUGAAGUCAAUGUCUUCGGCAGGGGAGAUGAGAAGGAAGCAAUACUUAAAUGGUUGCUUGUCGAGCAAGCAAGUGACCAUGUUCAAGUGCCUGUGCUCAACAUAACUGGUAUGACAGGAAUUGGCAAGACCACUCUUGCUCAGCUGGUUUACAAUGAUCGAGAAGUCGAACGUUUUUUCAACUUGCGAGCAUGGAUCUAUGUCUCGGAAGAUUUUGAUGUCAUAAAGAUCACAAAAGCCAUUUUAGAUGCUGUCAAGCCUAGAAUUUGUGAUACAGAUGACUUGAAUUUGCUUCAGCUCAAACUAAAGGAUGAACUAUCAGGGAAGAAAUUUCUACUUGUCUUGGAUGACGUAUGGCACCAAAACUACGAUGAAUGGAGUCUCCUUAUCAGACCUUUUGAAGUCGAGAACUUGGUAUGCAAAAUCAUCGUCACCACUCAGAAUCAAAACGUUUCACAAAUAACAGGUCUCUUAUAUCCUGUUUUUCCUUUAAAAGAGUUGGCAGACAAUGAUUGUUUGUCGAUUCUAGCCUGCCAUACUUUGGGAAGCAAAAACUUUGAAGGUCAUCAAUAUCUGGAAGGAAUCAGCAAUGAUAUAUUGAAGAAAUGCAAGGGAUUACCUUCGGCAGUAAAAGCUCUGGCAGGCGUCUUGCGAAACAAGCCGACAUACAAAGAAUGGGAAGCCGUAUCCAGGAGCAAUCUGUGGGAUCUAACAGAAGAAAAAGGAGUCAUUGUUGCAGCUCUAGGAUUGAGUUACCAUCACCUCUCUUCUCAUUUGAAGCCAUGUUUUUCUUACUGCUCUUUGAUUCCGAAGGGCUAUGAACUCGAUAGUGAUGUGUUGGUUCUCUUAUGGAUAGCAGAGGGCUUCGUGCAACCAAAAGGGAGCAAGCAACCAGAAGACUCGGGUCGUGAGUACUUCUCCGAUCUGCUAUCAAGGUCAUAUUUUAAGCAGUCAAAAAAAAACAAAUCGCUGUUUGUAAUGCAUGACCUAUUCAUCGAUUUUGCUCAAUCUGUUGCCGGGGACUUCUGCUUUAAUAUGGAGCACGGACAGCACAUCACCGUUGGCCAGCGUCAUUUUGAAAUGGCUCGUCAUGUGUCAUUCAUUCCCCGCCGAUACGAUGUGUCGCAAAGAUUUGAAAUCUUCAACAAUAUGAAGCAUGUGCGGUCUUUCCUAGCACUGCCAACAUCGUAUCAGAGAGGAUACUGCUACUUAAGUAGCAAGGUAUCACAGGAAUUGCUGCCAAAAUUAAAAUGCUUAAGAGUGUUAUCCUUGAGUGGCUAUUUCAUCGAAGAGUUAUCGAGUUCGAUUGGAGAACUUAAGCAUUUGCGGUCCCUUAAUUUGUCUAGAACCGCAAUAAGGUUGCUGCCUCGGUCAAUCGGUUCUCUUUACCAGUUACAAAUGUUAAUAUUAAACCAAUGCAAAGAACUAACUGCUUUGCCUGUUGAAAUCUGUGAACUGAGUAAAUUGACUCGUCUUGACAUCAGCGAUACUCCCAAGCUACAAGAGCUGCCACCAGGACUCGGAAACUUGACCAGUCUCCGGAUAUUGCCCAAAUUCAUUGUCGGGAAAGCUGGAGGGCCGUCAUUAAGGGAGUUAAAGGAUUUAUCUCUUCAAGGUCACCUUUCCAUCAUGGGGCUGCAUAACGUGGUGGAUAUUCAAGAUUCAAGGAUUGCCAACCUAAGGCAAAAACACGGCCUGAAGGAGUUAGCCCUCAAAUGGAGCAACGAUUGCAAAAAGAGAGAGAACCAAAUGCAGGUCCUUGAGUCACUGCAACCCCCGAAAGAUCUCCAACGGCUGUCGAUUUCAUAUUAUCGAGCUACAAAGUUCCCAUCUUGGGUAGGGAAUCCUUCUUUUGCUAAAAUAGAGCAGAUAGACCUCUUUGACUGUAUGAAUUGCAAAUCAUUGCCAUCACUCGGGCAACUACCGUCACUCAGAAGCUUAAACGUAAGAGGCAUGCAUGCAGUGACGAAGUUGGGCCCUGAAUUUUUCAGGAAUGGUUUUCAAUCUUUGGAGAUCUUGAGGUUUGAGAACAUGUCAGAAUGGAAAGAAUGGAUUUCAUCUGUUGGUGACACGGAAGUUUUCCCUUGUCUUCGUGAGCUUAUACUGCACAACUGUCCUAGAUUAGCCGGAACGUUACCAAGAACCCUUGGUUCUCUAGUAAAACUAGAUGUUCAAAACUGCCCACGGUUAACAAUUUCACCUUUAAGCUUCCCAUUCUUAGGCGAAUUAACCAUGGAGGACAGUAGCAGCAUGAUUCUUAGAAGUAUAGUUGGUCAAAACAUCACCAGCUUGAAAAUCAAGGGAAUAUCAGACCUUACCUGCAUAAUCGAGGAGCUCUCAAAGGCCUUAAUGAAACUCGAAGUUCUACAGAUUGAAGGUUGCAGUGAACUAACAUGUUUGUGGCGGAACGGAGCAGAAUUGCAAAACCUGAAUCGGCUAAAGAGUUUGGCAGUAAAGAAAUGUCCCAAGCUUGUAUCCUUGGUCGGAGAAGAGCGAGGGCAAGGACUAUGCUGCCUCUCGUCUCUUACAAAUCUCAGGAUCGAUAGCUGCCAAAAUUUUGUGUCAUUGCCAGCAAAAGGGUUGCCUUGUACGAUGAAGUGCCUCACAAUCCAUGACUGCAAGGCUAUGGGGUCGUUACCAGACAUGAAUGGCUGCAAUCUUGAAGAGUUAGAGAUUAUGGGAUGUCCUUCUCUCGUAUCCUUCCCCAAAGGCAAGUUGCCUUUAACACUCGAGAGCUUGAGAAUAGAAAACUGCAGAAAUCUACAGUGUCUUCCCGAUGGAAUAGUGCUCAAUCUCGAAGUUCUUAGAAUAUCUGCUUGUAUGAAUAUCUGUGCACUGCCUAACCCCAUGUGGAACCUCAACUCACUUCAAGAACUGAGUUUAUCAGACAUUGUGGCUCUGACAUUGAUUCCAGAGGGCGGUUUUCCCCCCAACUUAACUUCACUUGAGUUGAGCAAUUGUGAAAAUCUGAAGCAGCCAAUGUCAGAGUGGGGCCUGGACAAACUCAAUUCUCUUACAGAACUCAAAGUUGUUGGUACAUGUCCUGCUACAGAUAUUGUUUCGUUUCCAUACGAGGGUGUAAUGCUUCCUUCGACUUUAAAAAGUCUUUGCCUGGAACGACUCGACAACUUGGAAUAUUUGUCCAGGGAAGUCGAGAACCUCGUCGAUCUCCAAGAACUGCAGAUUAAAGGAUGCCGUAAGCUCCGAUAUUUGCCGAAGACGGGACUACCAGUCUCACUGGGACGGCUAUGCAUCUCAGGCUGCCCUGUUUUACGAGACAAGUGCAGAAAAGAGAAAGGAGAGUACUGGUCCAUCAUUCGCGGCAUCCCUUGCCUUCAAAUAGAUUGAAGCGCCUUGCUUUCUGUUUUUAGAUUAUUAUGUAAAUGUAUGAAAGAGUUGGUGAGAGAGAUUAAUGAUAUUAUUAGAAAGUUAAUACAAGUUAUGUUUCAGAUUUAGAACUGAAUGCUUGAACGAAUCAAAUGAUAUAUUGAACGAAUCGUUGAUGAAUAACUCACAAGAUGACGAUAUAUUGUGAAGAAAAUGACAGAGAAAGCAAAGCUCGAGACGAC